AUGAGGGAACUGGUGGAGUCGGUCACCAGGCAAGACAUCGGCGACUGCUACCUUCCCGAACAGUCGAAGAGGGAUGCAGAUCGGCUUGAGGAAAGGACGAACGAGGGGAGGCGGAGGAGGUCGAGCAUCAACUUCGAACUCAGAAAGGUGAUUGAAAGUGGCGCUCGUCAGGAAUGCCGACCAGAGGGAAUCCUCGCCAACUGCUGCACGCUGUGCAUGUUGUGGUGA